UGUGGGUAUAGCGGAAUGGCGUCGAUACCGUUAGGUAUUCGUCUUCUACCAACGGUUAAUGGCGAAAAAAGAAACAUAUCAUAUAGAAUAUUUAUCUUGAUCUUCACGUUUUUAUGUUACGCCAGUUAUCAUUUAUCUCGUAAACCAAUUAGUGUUGUCAAGAGUGUUCUACAUCGUAAUUGUUCUAACGUUGAUCAUCAUGGUCGUGUUAUACCGGUUACACCCAACUCAACAUGGUGUGACUGGGCUCCAUUUGAUGGAGAUAACUCUAACUCAUUGUUAGGGUAUCUGGACGUGGCUUUUCUCUUCGCUUAUGCUGUUGGAAUGUUCUUCAGUGGUCAUAUAGCAGAACGAAUAAGUUUACGAUAUUUUUUAUCGGCUGGUAUGAUCAUUAGUGGUUUUCUCUGUGCUUUGUUCGGUUUGGGAUAUUUUUGGAAUAUUCAUUCUCUAGCAUUUUUCGUCGUAGUACAGGCUGCAGCAGGAUUUUUCCAGUCAACUGGUUGGCCGGCUGUAGUUGCAUGUGUUGGCAACUGGUAUGGGAAAGGAAGACGAGGUUUAAUUAUGGGAAUAUGGAACUCACAUACAUCUGUCGGUAAUAUACUUGGUUCUAUUAUACCAGGCAUUUUCGUUAGUUAUGCCUGGGGCUGGUCGUUCAUUGUUCCUGGUUUGAUUAUAGGAGGACUGGGUGUUCUAGUCUUCUUUUUCCUGGUUCCACAUCCUGCAGAUGUUGGUUGUGAGUUGCCCAAUCAUCAAGGCACAGAUUCUAAACCGACGAAUAUUAAUCCAUAUCCUCGGAGUGCUGCAGAUUUAAGCCAAUUAGAAAGUGUUCAAACUUAUGAUGAUGUAAAACAGUCGGACUCUGACUUGCAUGAACUUCAACCAAAGCCAUUAUUAGACAAGACGUCUUCCAGUGAUCCCCUAGUACCAAGAAAAGAUUUCGCUAUUUCGUUUUUUAGAGCAUUGCGUAUACCGGGUGUUAUAGAGUUUUCGUUAUGUUUAUUUUUUGCCAAAUUAGUUAGUUAUACGUUUUUAUUCUGGUUACCAAAAUAUAUCGAUAAAACUACUCCAAGUUACGGUGCUGAGAAGUCUGCUGAUUUAUCGACGUUAUUUGAUGUUGGUGGUAUAGCUGGAGGUAUAUUAGCAGGUGUUAUAUCAGAUCAUAGUGGAGCUAGAGCUACAACUUGUUUUAUCAUGUUAGCACUGGCAGCACCAAUGAUGUAUGUGUAUAAUGUUUAUGGUAGUUUAACUUUUACUACAAAUGUUGUUUUAUUAAUGAGUUGUGGUUUGUUAGUAAAUGGACCGUACGCUUUAAUCACCACAGCUGUUAGCGCUGAUCUCGGUACGCACAAAUCUUUACAAGGUAACGCACGAGCUCUUGCCACCGUUACAGCUAUAAUAGAUGGUACAGGAAGUAUCGGUGCUGCCCUCGGACCGUUAUUAACAGGGUUAAUAUCAGGAACGGGUAGUGACGGAUGGAAUUACGUAUUUUACAUGCUGAUUGCAGCAAAUGUUUUUGCAAUGAUUUUAUUGGGUCGACUGGUCUAUAAAGAGUUUCGUAGUUGUGGUUGUGGACGCCCUACAUCGUAGUCUGUUCCAUACACAUCAAACCACAUAAUGAAUUCACCUGAAUUCACCUGUUACAAUUACCACAUACCUUCACAAACAAGGUCACGGUCGGAUUCCUGUAUCAUCACCUACCUUCACAAAUAACUAAUACUUAUUAAUGUAUCUACUUUUUAGAAUUGAUUGAUGUUACCCAUUUUAAGGGGUUUUUUUUCCAUUUUGUGUUGAAUUGUUUUAAUGUGUUCAUCGUAAAUACUCUUUAAUUUUAAAUACUGGAAUAUUAGAUGUCAUUUGUCUGUAAAAACAAACAAGAUUCUUUGUAUCAGUUUCUGAAACCAAGUUGAAAUUAUCAAAUAUAAUUUGUUCAAAUUUGAGAUUUUGAAAUAUCAAUCAAAGUAAAAUUAGGCUGUUCCGCUUGUGUCAGUCAUCGAUUUGUGCAUGUUGAUAAUUUGGUGGAGACCAAGAUCGCUAAAUUCUUAUAAUGACUUCAAUCCUACGAUAUCUGACUGUACAUUUAGGUGGAAAAAUGGGGUAUACAACAUAUUGAAUUGAAGAUCGUCAAGUCAGAGAAUAAUAUAUUUGAUGUAAACAGACAAAUAAUCUGAUCAGGUUCAUACAAAUAAUCCUGAAGCAAUGGUUAAAAAGUAAAUGAUUCUCAUAACCAUUGCUCCAGGAAAAGUAAUUUCAAUGACUUUAACUGUAUAGAAUUUGUAUAAAUUGGAGUCCUGCUAGAAUUUAUGGCUGCAUUAAAAUCACAAUAUUUGUGUUUAUUUGAAAAAUGGCAAUUCUGGGUAUUUUUGAUUUUAGCUUUUUAAUCUACGCAAAUUUUCUUUUAGAUUUCUUUGUUAUUAUGUGUGUAUUUUAUUUUGUUAAGAAUAGUUUAUGGUUCUUAUGAUGUCAUGUGAUUUGCUCAAAUAUUAUUAUAGCCACGUAUAUAUAGAUACAUAUAUAUCAAUCGGAUUAAAACACAGAUCCUAUUUCGUUUCGUUUUUAUAGUUCAAAAUUUUGUUUUACUUGUCUUUACUACACUAGAAUCUGGAAGAGCUGUUAUAUAACCUGCGUUCUGGAUGAUGUCAGGGAUAAGCCAAUGAAACGAUCUGUUAUGGCGAUUUCAUGGCCUUUCGAUGCACGAAACUGUGGGUAAACCAAUAGAAACGUCAACUCUGAUUGAUUAAUCAAUGUCUGACGUCAUAGGGUCAAAAGCCGCUCGUUUGACCCCUGAUGUGAACUCCCACUAUAACUUGUCAGAUCUUCAUGUAGUGUAGGCCAACGAAAAGAAAUAUAGAUCUGUACUUUAUAAUCAGAUUGCAUAUACAGGACUCUCCAGUGAGGCGUUUUUAGAAAUAAAACUGGCAAUACACUUGAAUACAAUUACUGUCUAUUACAGAACAACGUUUCAACUAGACUUCUCUAGUCCAUAACACUACAAGGCCUAUAGUCUUUAUCCACUUGAGGGGUUCGAUGGCCGAAUGGUUAGCACAUGUGCGCUGUAUCAUACGGUCUGUCAUUGAGAACUGUAUCUCAUGUAAAAAAACAAACAGAUUUUAUUUUAAAGUUUUAAGAAAUAAGAGCUAUUCAUAUCUACAAAUGCGAUUUUCAUAUAUAUAUUGUAGUCAAAUAUGUACAAAUGUGAUUUUCAUGCGUAAAUUUAUAUUGUAGUUACUGUUAAAUAUGUACAAAUGUGAUUUCUAUACUUAAAAAUAUAUUGUAGUUACUGUUAAAUAUUUUUCUAUACUUAAAUAUAUAUUGUAGUUACUGUCAAAUAUGUACAAAUAUCCCACUGCUAAUAUUUUAAAGCUGAAGUCCUGAAUUAAAGGAGAACUACAGUCAUUGUACAUUUUUAUGUGUUUUUGUUAGUGUCUCAUAUUAAAAUACUCUCAACGAUACACAACUUAAAAAACAAACAAAACAUUGUAAAUAAAUAAGCAAAUCUAAUAAAAUAAUUUUUGAUGGUGUUCUCCUUUAAACUUUAUCAAAAAUCUGUGAUGACAUACUCCUGUUUUUUCUUUAAUUUAUGAUGGUGUUCUCCUUUAAGCUUUAUCAAAAAUCUGUGAUGACAUUCUCCUGUUUUUUCUUUAAUUUGUUAGAGCUAUGAACUGAUGAUGAUGUUCAUAAGAUAAUUCUAAUUAAUUUCAUGUCUCGGUUUUUAAUUUUUUACAUCUUUCAUUUUGUAUUUCUACUACUAGUAAUUUUAGCUCAAGAAAAUAAUUAUAUGCAUCUUUCAUUUUAUUGUGUAUUUCUAUUAUUGGUAAUUUUAGCACAAAACCUUAUAUAUUGUAUUUCCACAAUUAGUAAUUUUAGCACAAGACAAUAAUUUUAAUUUGAUUUUUUGGAGAGUUGAACACAAGUUUGAGACUAAUGAAGAAAUACAAGUGGUGAAAUUGUAGGACGUUAAACCCCAUUUCAUUUUUGUAAUAUCAUGAAAUGGGGUUUUUACUUCUUACUUUUCUCAACCAAGGGGAAUAAAGAUGAAAUGCGUAUGCCAUGUUGUGUGCUGUAAGAACAAUUUUGCCUUGGCAGUGGCAUUUCCUACUACGGGUACUCUUCAUCGAAUUACAAUAUCAUCGGGGUUUUUUUUGUCCCAUCCGUAAAACUGUUCCUUUCCAUUUCCAACAGACUGGACCACUGACAAUGGAGAAACCAGGCUAAAGAAUCCUCAGGGAUUUUCUCGGUCAACAUCGGGGAUUGAACCCUUGACCUCCCGGUUAGAAAGCUAGCGACCAUCUGACCGAGCUACCACGAUGAUGGUUAACAUCGGGGAUUGAACCCUUGACCUCCCGGUUAGAAAGCUAGCGACCAACUGACUGAGCUACCAUGAUGACGGUUAACAUCGGGGAUUGAACCGUUGACCUCCCGGUUAGAAAGCUAGCGUCCAACUGACCGAACUACCACGAUGAUGGUUAACAUCGGGGAUUGAACCCUUGACCUCCUGACUAGUAAGUUAGCGUCUAACUGACCGAGCUACCAUGUAUUUUGAUAAUUAAUGGAUAACAAGAUAUUUACCAAUUAAAGGAUUAUAAAGGCGAUUCUAUUCCCCCUAUUCUACCUCCUCGUGUCUCCAAGAUUUUAUUUUUAUUAUCAAGGUUUUAAUUGUGUUCACUUUGAGUUCUGUGAUAAAAUAUUUGAGAUUUCACAACGAAGAAAAAUUACAGGUCAUAUUUGUUUAGUUGGGGAUUUACUGUUUCUAUGUGAUUUUAGUUCAAAACUUAAAAUUAUUGUUUUUAGGUGGUUUUUGUUCAAACUGUAAAAUUACUGUUUCUAUGUGAUUUUAGUUGAAAACUUAAAAUUAUUGUUUUUAGGUAAUUUUAGUAAAAGCUGUUAAAUUACUGUUUCUAUGUGAUUUUAGUUCAAAACUGUAAAAUUAAUGUUAUUAGGUGAUUUUAGUUCAAACUAAAAUUAAUUUGUUUUUAGGUGAUUUUAGUUCAAGCUGUAAAAUUAUUGUUUUUAGGUGAUUCUAGUUCAAACCUUAAAAUUAUUGUUUUUAGGUGGUUUUAGAUCAAACUGUAAAAUUAAUUUGUUUUUGUGUAGUUGUUAUUAUACAUGUAUUUGAUUAAAUAACCUGUUUUAUUGUAUGUGUAUAUAAUGAAUUAUAUAAUACUGUUGUCAUGGUGAUUGAUAAAAUCUGUGUUUUUUAUUAAAGCUGAACUCCGAUUACAAAACUACAGAAAUAAUUAAAUAAAAAAAGUUAACGCCUUAAAUAAUAGCCAUACUUGUUUUUGAUUUGUCCACAUCCGGCUAGCAAGAUUUCAACUACCAAAUACCUCCUGACUGUUUGAAGUCUUUCCACUAUCGGCUCACAGAAAAUAUUGUUGCUACACAAUUAUUAUGUCUGAUCAGGUACAUAUUAUUUUACUAAUUAGAUGAAAAAAGUCAACCAUGAUGUAUAUGACAAGGCACAUACUGGAUGUGGGCGUGGCCUGUCUCUGUUUUUGUACGUCGUGGUACCAUCACCAUGUUUGUUCUACAAAUUGAAAACGAGUAUGGCGAGUAUUGAGGGCGUUUCCUUUUUAUUUAUAUAUAAUUAUUUCUGCAGUUUUGUAAUCAGAGUUCAGCUUUAAUACUUAUCUAGACCAUAUUUGGUUUUCAUUAUUAGAGAACAGUACAGAAUAAGGAUGUACAGUAUUCAACUUGUAAAUAUAACAUUCCUCUAGGGUAAAAUUCAUAUAGAUAUUAUUUUACGGACAAAUGUCUUAACAUACCUUGUAUAAGUGUUGGAGAUUAAAAUGUUCUUAAUAAUUAAACUUGUUUUAAUACUCAUAUUGUAAAAUAUUAUAGAAUUAGUUCAAAUAUUGAGGUCAUUCUUUUUUAAAAUACAGAUGUGCCAUCAUUCUUUGAUGUUGGCAUACCAUUAUUUCAAAUAAUGGUACGGGCAAAGUGCCAAGCGUACAUUAUUUAUACUAGUUAAAAUAUUGGACCCUUGUGAUGUAUUUCAUUGUAAAGUACAUGCAAGUGUCUGUAUUUUAAGUUGUAGGAUAUGUUUUAUUUUUUCAUUACAAAAUGGCACCCGAAACCAUAGGGUACACGACUCGUGUACUGAUUAUAAAAUGUUAAUUGUGUCUUAAAGAUUUGAUACAGGAUCAUAUAGAUUCACGGCAAGAUAACAACAUCAAUAUUGAUUGAAAUUGAUCAAUAUUGAAAUCUAAUUCAUGUUUUUAAUUUCGAAUAUUAUGGAAAAUAUUGAGUUAGAGACUUAGCUCCUUCAAGGUCAUUGUUGUUUGUGUCUGGAAAGUCGGUCAUAUUUCAACAUUGGCUUCUGUAAAAUUUGGAGUAAGUCAGAUUGUCAUCCCAUAAAAUGAAUCAACACAAAAUUCAAUCAACAUGUUUUUAUCUUCGACCCAGAUCAAAGAGAAUGUGCCAAUUUUGAAUAAACCCCAUUUUAUUAUUGUAAUUACAUGGGCCCGGUUUCACAAAAAACUUAAAUCUCCUUAAAAAUUUCAUCCUAACUUGAGAUAGCACUCGGCAAACCUCAGCAGAUUCCAGUAACCUAGCUUGAUGUAGAGUAACAGAAUCUGCCGAGUGUUGAGAUAGGUGAGUUUUGACUAAAUCGAUCUUCAUAAAAGGAUGAAAUUGAUAAUUCCAUUUGAGUUUUAGUUAUUUUAUUUUUGUGAAACAGGGCCUCCUGUUGUUUACAUGAUUUUGUUGGGGUUUUUUUCAACAUGAAGUAUGAAUGGAUGAUUAAUAAUUUAUGUAGUUUUGGUUCCUGGAUUAUAUUUAAUUGUCUGUUAUUGUAUAUAUACUUGAUAAAUAAAAUGUUUUAAAUUAUAA